AUGUCUCAUUCACCUGGUACUUCACGAGAGAUACCAGCUGGUGACAGUGACCUUGACUCGGACGCAACAGGCUAUUCAGACGACAGUGACCUUGACGCCGCACAGGCACAUCAGGAGCCCCUGCCUGACGACCAUGAUAGUGACAACGAUGAUGUCGAGUAUAACUACGACUUCGAUUGGAGCCCGAAUACGAUAGGUAUGAGGAACAUUCCUUUUACUAAAGAGAAUAAAAUUCUUAUUCCUACACCUGGAAACAAUGAGCCAAUAGACUGGUUUUCCGUUUUGUUUGACGACGUGCUGUUGGAGAAAAUUUGUUCCUACACUAACGCCUACGCUUGGACAGUUUUCGAGCUGCCCACGUUGACCCCAAAGUCUAGAAUUAAUAAAUGGGUUGAUUUGACAGUACCCGAGUUGAAAACGUUUAUUGGUGUACUCUUGCAUAUGGGUACUGUCCGCACAAACAGAUUGAGUGAUUACUGGAACAAGCAUAGAUUUUUUAAUUUUGAGGCAAUCAGGGAACAGAUGAGCCGAGAUAGAUGGCUUUUGAUCAUGAGAUGCCUUCAUUUCUCAAAAAACGCCCAAGUCAAUGUCAACGAACAAAAUGACAAUAGGCUUGAAAAAGUGGACCUGUUGAUUUCUACCUUCAACAGCGUAAUGAGUACUGUCUAUUAUCCCGGAAAAGAGUUGUCAAUUGAUGAAAGUAUGAUGUUGUGGCGGGGACGAUUACUUUUUCGCCAGUAUAUUAAAAAUAAGAAACACAAGUAUGGUAUUAAGUUUUAUUCUCUGUGUGAACCCGAUGGCCUAUGUAUUAGGUUCACGAUCUAUUCUGGAAAAGGUGGUGAACUGAGUGGUGUUGGCCACACCAACAAAGUUGUAAUGCAUCUCAUGAGGCACAGAUUGGGGGUGGGCCACUCGUUGUACAUGGACAACUAUUACAACAGUGUCCCACUGGCCGCAACUUUAUUGAGGGAGUCCACCUACUGCACAGGCACCCUGAGAGCAGACCGCAAAUACUUGCCGGAGGAGGUCAAAACAGCGGUCCUGAAAAAAGGAGAAACUGUGGCAAGAUAUGCCCAGGGGAUAGCUGUCGCAAAGUGGAAAGAUAAGCGAACAGUGCUCUAUAUUUCUACUGAGUUUGAGAAUGAAAUGGCAGUUUCCCACAACAGAUAUGGUCAACCUAGGCAGAAACCCUUGGCGAUUAUCCACUAUAAUGCCGAGAUGUCUGGAGUGGACAGACACGACCAGUUGAUGGCGUACUACCCGGCUGAACACAAGUCCUUGAGGUGGUACAAAAAGGUUUUUGUCCACAUUCUUCAAAUGGGUUUCAUAAACGCAUUCAGACUGUAUAAAAAGUCCAACCCUGCCACAAAAAAAUCUCUGUAUGACUUCAGGAUUGACCUUGUACAUGCUCUGCUGCCUCCAAAGGAACGACUUCUACUGCGACCUGUCCAGAGAAACCAAAACCGGCACGUGAUCUCUAAAAUCCCCAAGCUGCCCAACAAAGCACGUGUAUCCAGGAGACGCUGCAAACAGUGUCAAACCGAAGGCCGCGAAACACGCACAAUUUAUUUCUGUGCACAGUGUGAUGGCGAACCAGGCUUGUGUGCAUUGGCCUGUUUCGAUAAGUGGCACGCCUGA